AUGGCCCGCACUGCCAUGGCUGCGGCCGCGCUGUUGCUGUUUGUGGGCGCGGCGAUGGCGGCGAUAGACUGCAGCAGCGUCGCUGGCUGCACGGCCUGCACCUACUCCACCAGCGAGAAGAAGGGGCUCAAGCUCAUGUGCACCGCCUGCGCGGACGGGGCAUACGUGCUCAAGGGAAAGAAGGGCCGUUGCGAUUGCGCUCAGGGACACUUCAGCCGCUUUGCCAACGGCACGCAGCUGGGACACUGCAGGCCCGUGCUGAAGAACCACGUGGCAGACACUGGCAAGAUCAACAACAACGACAACAUCAUCUGGGAGUGGUUUGCGUAA